GUAAUCCAGGCUAGAUGCAGAUGUUGGACAUCGUGUUGGAGUGGCUUAGGCCAAAUGGCGGUUAGCUUCAGGGGUAUUGUGUGAUCCGAAGAUUUUGCCUAGAAUGAAAGGUAAGUUCUAUCGAUCCGUAGUCAGACCUGCUAUGUUAUAUGGGGCAGAGUGUUGGGCGGUUAAGAAGACUCAUGUGCGUCGUCUGCAUGCGGCGGAGAUGCGGAUGUUACGAUGGAUGUGUGAGAAGACAAGGUUGGAUAGGGUUUCAAACGAAGUUAUCCGACGUCAGGUAGGCAUGGCACCUGUGGAAGAUAAGUUACGGGAAGCGAGGUUGAGAUGGUUUGGCCAUGUGAGACGGCGGGAUCCUGAUGCCCCUGUACGGAGAUGCGAGAGGAUUGCAGUUAUCGGGGGAAGUAGGGGAAGGGGUAGACCUAGGAAGAAUUGGAAGGAGGUGAUUAGGCAGGAUUUAGGUCUUCUUGACCUGACUGAGGAUAUGACCCUAGAUAGGAACCUUUGGAAAACUAGAAUUAGAGUAACUGGAUAGAAGCUUGGUGUUGUAGAGAUUGUUUUGUAGCGUGUUGUAUUCGUUUGGAAUCUUCUGCUAUUGCUUGUACUUGAUGCUUUAUCUGUGUUAUACUAUGUUCCCUU